AUGGCCGACGAAACCAACAUGAACUACCUCUACACCGUCGGUGGCUACAUCACCCUUGCCGGUGUGGGCUACGCCCUCUACCAGGUGUCUACAUCAAAGGCUCGUAAGAAGGCCACCGCGGUGCAGCCGAAACCGGUCCGGCAGCAGCCUGAGCCUCGGAGGGAGGAAACCGCUGCCACAGCUAGCAGCAGCGGCAGCAGCAAGAAGAAGAAGCAGCAGCCGCGAACUGAUGGCUCAGCCGACGCUCAGGGGUCGUCGUCCCACGUGAAGUCGCGAGCCAAGACUCAGCAGCAGCCCAAGGUGACACCCCAGCCUGAGGCAUUCACGACCAGCUCUCAGGUCGCCGAGGCGCCGGACGACGACAUUGACAACGCAGAGUUUGCCAGGCAGCUGUCAAAGGCCAAGCAGGGCAAGCAGUUCGCCAAGGACUCGAGUUCUGGAAAGAAGCAGAAGGAGAAGUCGGUUAAGCAGUCACGUGCGAACAAGAUCAACAAGCCCAUCGCCCUCCAGGAGUCUCUCGCCCCUGCCCCUGCCUCUGCUCCCGAAGCCGUCUCCGAGGCCGAGGCUGAGCAUGCCUCGACCACCGACGAUGACGCGACGUCUCCCGAGGCCGUGGCCGCCGAUGCCGCCGGUGUCGCCGACAUGCUCGAACCCACUCCUUCUGGCCCCUCGGUCCUACGUCUGACCGACACGGAGCCCAAGACGAGCAACAAGAAGAAAGCCAAGGCCCCCGAGGUGGUCGAGACCAAGAAGCAGCGUCAGAACCGGAAGAAGGCCGAGGCUGCCAAAGCUGCCCGCGAGGAGGCCGAGAAGGAGCGCAGGGUCUUGGAGGAGAAGCAGCGCAGGGCCGCCCGCAUUGCCGAGGGCCGCCCUGCCAAGGACGGCUCCCAGUACACGGCCGCCAGCGUCAAGUCGUCGGCCUGGAGCCAGGGUGCUCCCAGCGAGCCCGCCAGCAACGGUGCGACCAACGGCGCUACCAACGGCGCCGCCCACGGCUUCCUCGACACCUUCGACGAGACGCCGGCCAAGGAGGUGGCUGCCAAGCCCGCCACCGCCAAGGAGCUGUCGUCUGAGUCGGCCUGGAUUUCGUCUCUCCCCUCUGAGGAGGAACAGCUGGAGAUGCUCAAGGAGGAGGACGAGUGGAACACGGUGAAGACCAAGUCCUCGAAGCGGUCCAAGAAGGACAACCCGAUCGAGAGCACCGCUCCCGCCACCACGGCCGUCCCGGCCUCCGCCGCCGCCGACGUGCAGCCCAAGAGGCCCACACCCGUCGUCAGCUCGGCGAGCGCAUCGUCCAAGCCCCAGAGCUUCGGAUCCUUCUCGGCCCUGACUGCCAAGGACGACACGCCCGAGGAGGAGGUCGAGGAGGAGUGGGAUGUCUAA